AUGCGGGCCCCAUUGAGACAUUUCCGUCUGCUAAGUACUAAAUCAAAGCCACAAAGCUCCCUGCCGCGACGGCUUCUAAAAAGAUUGAUUAGCCCGCCAGCCGAGACUCCGCAGAUUUCAGGAUGGAAGGAGUGGUUCGCGCAUUUGAAUGACGAUUCUAGAAUACAAUUGAAACAGCUGCAAGAUAACCUAAUGAAAGAUGUUAAAGUCGAUGGAUCCAUGGAAAACACCUUAAUGAUGGGCGAGGUCAACCAAUUCCAUUUUCAGAACUCCUUGGCAGAAAUCAAAACACCAACAUUACUUUUACACGGUUAUGCUGCAUCGUCAAUGGCAUUCCAUAGGAACUUUGAAGGGCUUUCGAAAUGCAUCAGGGACCUAUACGCCAUUGACCUUCCUGCAAAUGGUCUCUCGCCGCCCCAGCCACUCGAAAUCCGCUGUACCGAGCCACAGCCCUUGAAGAUAGAAAUAUCCAAUGAUACAUUUAAGUUGCCUUACACUAUCAACUCCUUACAUCACAAGAGCGCAAUCCAAAACUUCGAAGAUUAUUAUUUGGAUGCUCUGGAACAGUGGCGGUUGGACAACAAGCUAGGCCCGAUUAAUAUUGUUGCGCACUCAUUCGGUGGGUACAUAUCUUUCAGGUAUGCUGUCAAGUAUCCUCAUGCGGUGAAAAGGCUUUGCCUUCUAUCACCGCUAGGCGUCGAAAGAAACAUUUUUUCUGUGAACAACAAUUGGAGAAGCAACACUCAAUACAAGUUGGACUUUGAAAAUCCUGCGUCAAAGUUUUACAUCAGAAAAGGGCCCGCCAUUCCCCCUGCUAUCUUCGAGCUGCAAACAAAAGUGUUGCGGGGGCUUGGUCCCCUUGGUGCCAGGCUAUGCUGGAAUUACAUAACAGCUGCCUAUGCGCGGGUCCCAAGCUUGAAAUAUAAGCAAUAUAUCUUUGAGAUGUUUUAUGGAAAGAAUGCAUUAACCCAGACUUCGAAAGAUAUAUUCACGGGUCUCUUUACCAACAGGCUCCUGGCUCGCGAUCCUCUACUCGAUUCCCUCUGCCACGUUCGUAGUAAGAAACUAUUGUUAAUGUAUGGUGACCAUGACUGGAUGAACAGAAAAGCAGGCCUUGAGAUGGUUACAGAAGCGAAAAAGCUAGGGAUUGAUGCCCAAUACGGCGAGGUUUCAUCUUCAGGACAUAAUUUAUUCCUAGACAAUCCAGAGGAGUCCAACGAGUUGAUAGUUUCUUUCUUAAGAAAUUAG